GGGGCAUAGGCGGGAUUGGCGGGGGACGCGGAGACACUCACACCGCCGAGCUCGGGCGCGCGUCGGUCGCUGGCAGCUGCUGUGCUCCGAGCGAGGAUGGACAAGCCGGAAUUCAGGAGACCCUUCUGUCACCUGUCCACCUACAGCCUGGUUUGGGGCAUGGCUGCAGUGGCGCUGUGCACAGCACAAGUGGAAGUGGUAACCCAGGAUGAAAGAAUGCUGCUGAAUACACCAGCAUCCUUACGAUGCUCUCUGAAAACGUCCCAGGAAGCCUUGAUUGUGACUUGGCAGAAAAAGAAGGCUGUAAGCCCAGAAAACAUGGUCACUUACAGCAAGAACCACGGGGUUGUGGUCCAGCCCGCCUAUAAGGACAGGGUGAACAUCACCGAACUGGGACUCCGGAACUCAACCAUCACCUUCUGGAACACGACAUUGGAGGACGAGGGCUGUUACAUGUGUCUCUUCAAUACCUUUGGCUCUGGGAAGAUCUCAGGAACAUCCUGCCUCACCCUUUAUGUACAGCCCAAAGUAUUCCUUCACUACACCAUUUUUGAAGACCACCUAAAUAUCACCUGCUCUGCCACUGCUCGCCCAGCCCCCGUGAUCUCCUGGAAGGGCAUUGGGACAGGGAUCGAGAAUAGUACCGAGAGUCAGUCACAUGCAAAUGGGACCACAUCUGUCACCAGCAUCCUCCGCGUCAAAGACCCCAAGAAUCAAGUGGGGAAGGAGGUGAUCUGCCAGGUGCUAUACCUGGGAACUGUGAUCGACUACAAGCAAACUCUGGACAAAGGAUUCUGGUUUUCAAUUCCACUGUUGCUAAGCAUUGUUUCUCUGGUAAUUCUUCUGGUCCUAAUCUCAAUCUUAUUAUACUGGAAGCGUCACCGGAGUCAGGACCGAGCAAUCCACAAGCCAGAUGCCCAUUUAAGAGACUGUGAAAUUGUCCAAUAUGAUCACUCACUACACAGCACUUCCUAUGUUACACUCCCAUGAUGCCUCAAACACUAUCGGCAAAAUUCAGAGCCUUAGAGUAUACAGAGCGCUGAAAGUUUUUCCCUGGUCUACUUGAAUCUGAUGUAAAAGGAAAGCAGGAGGUAAAAGGUCAUUCUCCAAGGGACCUAAUAAAAACAAAAGAAGCGGGAGCAACCGUGUGAAGAAUUGGACAAGUUUUCACUGCCACCUAUGGUACUCGGUGUUUGAGUUCCAAGAGGAAGUUACAUUACCUCUCAAGUCUGUUGUAGGACUUGGUCUUGUAGAGCCACGAGUGUUGUGCUGUGUUGAAAGGCCACUGGACUUAGAAGUUCUGAGCUCACGAGCUGAUAUGAGCUCCCUUGGUGGGAAAUCCGUCAGUCAGUUUACCUCACUGAGCCUCCAUGUCCUCACUGAAAAUAUAAAGGACUUGGGCCACAUAAUCUGCCAUGCUGCUCUGAAAAUGAAUGGAAUUCCAGGAAUAAAAAAAAAAAAAAAAGAAAGAAAAAAAAAAACCAAGAAGAGGAAUAAGCAAAGGAGGAAGAAGUGAAAAGAAAGAGAAAAGAGAACACAGGAAGGUCCAAAGAACUUCUCUGCAACUACCUGUUGCUUUUCUAUUGCUGUUCUCCUCUUCCUUUGGCUGUUAGCUUCAUCAGUCUGAUUCCAGUCUUGGGGUAUCAAGUCUCCUUCCUGCUACGGUUUUGCUAACUGUUGGCCUUGCUAGGAUCUCCGAUUCUCCUGCCAUUCUUCAUGUGCUGUGAUGAGAUUUACCAUGACAAAACUAGGGAAGAAUUUAUUGUGAAAUAACAUUGUCAACAUUAACUUAUCUAUUUAACUUAUUUUUAUAGCAUCUAGGCAAUAUGGAUAGUCUUAGAUAGUAGCUUACUCUUUUUGUUGCUGUUGUUGUUGUUGUUUUAAACAAAGCAUGCUUUCCUUGUCAGUUUGUCCCACAUUGUCACCCUGUUUUAGGCCAUUCUGAACGCAGCCUAGUAUAAUGAAAAUAUAUUAUGAAACAGACAUUUAGCGAUUUCCUGUGCAGCAGUCAGCUACUUCACCUGACAUUUUUUUCUCUGUGAGCUAACAUUCCGUUGUUCCAGAGGGGAGGAGGUAAGUAUGAACAUACAGUCCCCUUGUCCUGCAUAUAUUGUACUCAUUAGUGGAAUAUGGAUUCCUCCCCAUAAGAGAAAAUUAGGAGUUUGUUUGUUUUUUCCCUAGUAACUUUUGGUUUACUGUCUUUAGCCAGUGACCUAGGAAUUAAAAUGUGAGUUGUUUUCAUUGUUGAAUCGUAUAUUUAUAUAUUUAGUAAGCUUUCCAUGUGUUAUUUAAUUCUGUAUUCUUAUAUUUGUAUAAAAAUACUGAACAAUUAUAUGUGUUAACUCUAAAUAUUUGAUGUAUGGCACUUCCGUGGGAGAUGUGUAAAUAAAUAAAUAAACUUUUUCUCUGUGCAUA